ACUAAUUUACCAUUUAUAUGUUGCUUAAAAUUAUAAACAAUUACUGUAAUUAAAAAUAAAGUCAAUAUGAAAAUGACUGAAUAUAUAAUAAAUUCGGAGUUUACUAUAGAAAACAAACUUAACUAUCAAUCAGUUAUUGAAUUACUUUGCGAUCGACUAAACACAGACUCACAUCACAAUUGUUUUAUUGACUGCACAUUAGAGCGAAAGUGGAGCAAAAAGCAAGUGUUGGACUCGAGUCUCAAUUUUGCCUAUUAUUUGAUAAAUGACUGCAAAAUAUCCAAAGGAAAUGUCAUUUGUUUCAUCACAAACUCGUCGGACAUUCAGGCAAUCGGUUUCAUCGGCUCUUUGGCCGCAGGGAUGGUCUUCUGCUGUCUGGCGGAGCACUCAUCACAAGAUGAAAUCAAAUCAAACAUUGAAAAACUUAAGCCAUCAGUCGUGAAACUCUUAAUAAGUGACAAACAAUCAAAACCGGACGCCAAUGGAAAUACACUUCAAUCACUUGAGGAGAUAUUUUGUGAACCAAGAGAUGAUAACUUAGUAUUACCGGUGAAGUCGGGUUUGGAUGAGACGGCAACCUAUGUCUUAAGCAGUGGUUCCACGGGUCAACCCAAGGCUAUCAUCAAAACUAACAGAAACCUAUUGACAACGGUUGAGGCCCUUCAACACCCGGAGAUGACUGAGUUGACACCAAAUGAGAUUCAGUUAUCCAGUAACUUUAGUCACGUGUCGGGGCAGAGGUACCUCAUAUCUGCCAUCAAUGGUGGCGCACAGUUGGCCAUUGUUAGGGUGGAUGAGAACCUGGAUGAUGUUUACGGGAAUAUACAUAAAUACAACAUUACCAGUGCUUUCCUAAUCCCGACUCAACUCAAUUAUUUAGUCAAAAAUUCUGAGACUAUUGACAGGGAUUACUUCAAGAGCCUAAGGGAUGUGGUUACAGGUGCAGCACCUGUACCCGAGACCACUUUCCGGUGUGUUGUCGAUAAGUUUAAGUUUAAAAAGUUUAGGAUUUGUUACGGUAUGUCAGAGGUAGGGUGGACCACACAAACUCCUGUCACGCAAUUUAUAGACGAUUACACGUGUGUUGGAAAAAUGUGUCCGAACACACAAAUCAAAGUAAUCGAUGAUCAGGGACAUUCAUUGCCAGCUAACACUAGGGGUCAGAUUUGCAUCGGAGGUCCUCAGGUCACACCAGGGUAUCUAAACAAUGCUGAGGAAAAUGACAAACUUUUCACCGCCGAUGGAUUCCUCAAGACUGGAGACAUUGGCUAUUAUGACGACAAUCACUACUUUUAUAUUGUC